AUGUCAUGUCUUUCUGUUACUGAAUACUCUGUUGUUUUAGUUAUUUCAGUAGUAUUUGUAUCAGUAAUACUAUGGAUUUAUUGGUAUUUGACACAAAAUGUUGACUAUUGGGCAAAACGCGGUGUUAAUGGACCCAAACCGUGGCCUAUAAUUGGCAAUUUGUGGCAAAUAUAUAUUCCUCCAUCUAAGAUAUUUACAGAAAUUCAAUGGUUAAAAAAAUAUGGCAAAAUAUAUGGAUAUAUUGGCGUAAGUGGUCCCACACUAGCCGUUGCCGAACCCGAACUCAUCAAACAAAUAUUGGUUAAAGAUUUCCAUGUAUUAGGCAAUAGACAGGACUACAAGAUUCCGCAUCCAGUGGUAAGCAAAAUGUUAGUCAAUCUCGAUGGCGAUGACUGGAAACGGGUCCGAUCGAUAACAUCACCGACAUUUAGUUCCGGUAAAAUGAAACGAAUAUAUCCACUAAUGAAACAAUGUUUUGAUGACUUUGUCAAACAUUUGAGUCCAUUGGCUGACCAGAAAGCAAACAUCGAUAUGAAGAUACAGUUCAGUAACGUUACAUUAGAUUUGAUAUAUACCUGUUUUUUUUCUACAAAACUUAAUAUACAUAAAGACACAGAAAAUAAUGUGUACGUUAAAUAUGCUACCGAAGCAUUCAGUAAUAAUAAGAUGAGUGAGUUAGCGCACCUGGCGUUUCCUAAAAUAUUAAUCAAAUUGCUUAAUACAAUGGGUUUAUUGAUGAACUUGUCGACAGAUUUUUUCAUACAAUCUGUUCGACAAAUACUUGAAGAUCGUCGCAAAAGUGGCCAAAAAUAUAACGAUUAUUUCCAAUUGCUUAUCGAUGCCGAAGAGGAUCAACAAUUUAUGAGACAUGAAAUCGAUGACAACGAAGCAUAUUAUCUAAAUCAAAACGUCGAGGAUCUGGAAUAUCAAAAACGUGAGCUUAAUAUAAAAUAUGAUAAUAAAAAGUUAACCGAAAAUGAAAUAAUUGGACAGUCAGUUAUGACAAUAUUAGGCGGUUAUGAGACCACAGCCACAACAUUAACAUUCUGUACGUAUGAAUUGGCACUCAAUCAGGACUGUCAACAAAAAUUAUACGAAGAGAUUAUGUCUGCCAUUGACUCGAAAGGACAGAUCAGUUACGACGAGUUAUUACGACUGCCAUAUCUGGAUGUGUGUCUUAUGGAAACAUUACGCAUACAUUCACCGCCACAACGAACUUCACGAGUAACUACCGAUGACUACAAACURGGAAACAUUGGUAUUACACUAAAUAAGGGACAACUCAUUGAUAUUCCUAUUUAUGCUAUUCAUCACUCGGAAAAAUUUUAUGCCAAUCCUAAUGAGUUCAAACCGGAGAGAUUUAUGCCCGAAAACAGACAUAAUAUCAUUCCCUAUACAUACUUACCUUUUGGUGCCGGUCCUCGUAAUUGUAUUGGUAUGCGAUUUGCAAUAUUUGAGGCUAARUUAGGUUUGGCGCAAAUCAUACAAAAAUAUCGUUUUUUGCCGACUMAUAAAACAGAUAUUCCGUUUAAGAUUAAGUAUUUUCCGUCUAUUAAUAGCCCUAAAAGCAUUAUUCUUGGUAUUCAACACAGACAUUGA